AGACUUACUCGCACUUACAAGAUGAGGAGCCUGAUUCAGCUUGAAGACAGUGUAUCGAGUGGAUAGCCAGCCGGCCACCACAAUGAAAGAAAUCAAACCAGGAAUAACCUUUGCUGAAUUCGCGCCUCAACUGUCCCCAAGUGUUUCCUGACAUGCAUCUUGACUUACAAUACAUCACUGCUAGAGAAUGGGGCUCAACCUAACACUUGCAAAAUUACCAAGUAAUGAACUAUACAGCCAAGCAAGUCACUCUGCGAACAGCACAAGCGAGGGACUUGGGAAGAACUCCACCCUUCACAACGAAUUUGACACCAUCAUCCUGCCAGUGCUUUACCUGGUUAUAUUUGUGGCAAGCAUCCUGCUGAAUGGCCUGGCCGUGUGGAUCUUCUUCCACAUUAGGAAUAAAACCAGCUUCAUCUUUUAUCUCAAAAAUAUAGUGGUAGCUGACCUCAUAAUGACGCUGACGUUCCCAUUCCGAAUAGUCCGAGAUGCGGGACUUGGACCUUGGUACUUUGAGUUCAUCCUCUGCAAAUACACCUCGGUUUUGUUCUACGCAAACAUGUACACAUCCAUUGUGUUCCUCGGGCUGAUCAGUGUCGAUCGCUAUCUAAAGGUGGUAAAGCCUUUUGGUGACUCUCGCAUGUACAGCCUAACCUUUACCAAAGUUUUGUCACUUUGUGUUUGGGUGAUCACGGCUGUUCUGUCCUUGCCAAAUAUCAUACUAACUAAUGGGCAACCAACUAAGGAGAACAUUCAUGACUGCAUGAAACUUAAAAGUCCUUUGGGAGCCAAGUGGCACACGGCUGUCACCUAUGUGGACAGCUGUUUGUUCGUGGUCGUGCUGGUAAUUCUGAUCGGAUGCUACAUAGCCAUAUCCAGAUACAUUCACAAAUCCAGCAGGCAGUUCAUAAGUCAAUCGAGCCGGAAGCGGAAGCACAACCAGAGCAUCCGAGUGGUCGUGGCUGUGUUUUUCACCUGCUUCCUCCCUUACCACCUGUGCAGGGUCCCUUUUACUUUUAGUCACCUGGAUAGGCUUUUAGAUGAGCCAGCACACAAAAUCCUCUAUUACUGCAAAGAAAUGACACUUUUCCUGUCUGCGUGCAACGUGUGCCUGGAUCCAAUAAUUUAUUUCUUCAUGUGUCGGUCGUUUUCAAGAAGGCUGUUCAAGAAAUCAAACAUAAGAACGAGGAGCGAAAGCAUCAGAUCACUGCAAAGCGUCCGGAGAUCAGAAGUGCGCAUUUAUUAUGAUUACACCGAUGUGUAGUGACCAGAGGACAGGCUGCCCAUUCUUAUUGGGAUCAAUAUGUAAAAAGUGUAAAUAAAUGUUUCUUUUUAUUACCCUGGCUGAGGCCCAUCAAA